AUGCCUGAUAACACUGAGAAGACAUCAAACGUGAAAACUAGAAAUAUGUCCAAGUCCAGUGAAGAUAACGAGCCAACUUUACAAUCACUUGAUAAGAAACUCAAUACGAUAACUAGUGCUAUUGAGGCAAACAGUACUGUUAUCAAGGUUAUUCAGCAGGAACAAGUUGAUUUGGCCUCGUCAGUCGAGCUCUGUCAUAAUAACAUUAAGGAUCUAUCGGAGUCUAUUAAGAAGCAAGACGCGAGAGUUGAUAUGUGUGUUAGUGAGGUUGAUGGUGUUAAAAACGAGAACAUUAAAUUAAAGUCUAAGGUUCGUGAUUUAGAACGGAAGUUAAAUGAUCUUGAACAAUACUCACACCGGAACAAUUUAGUAGUGUACGGUAUACCAGAAGUAAAAAACGAAGUGGUAUUAAACAUGAUUAAACGAUUGGCGAUGGCAAUAAACUUCAAGGACUGGUCCACAAAUCUUGUGGAUGCUGCUCAUCGGAUGGGUACAGUAGGCGAAGAUGGUGAAAGGCCUAUUAUAAUUAAGUUUAUCAGCCGACUGGACAAAGAUGAAUUUUUACAGAAGAGAAAGGCUAAGAAGCACUUAAGUGCGGCUGACUUGGGUUAUGCCAGUGAAUCUAGUAUCUAUGUUAAUGAAUCGCUCACAUCACCAAAUAGGAAGCUACUGCAGAAAACUAGAGAAGCUGCUAGGAAGAAAGGCUACCAAUACGUAUGGACCCUUAAUUGUUCCAUCUACGUGAGAAAAGCUACUAACGAUAAAGCUGUGAAAAUUCUUACUGAAGCCAGCCUAGAUGGGCUUUGA